CUGGGCUGCCAUUCUGCAUGACUACCAGGCCAUACGGAGGCUGGUAGGGAACUGCCCUACACUUAGGGGAAAAAUGAAGAUUCAGCUCUUUGAUAUCAAUCAGCGGACGCUUUCUGUCUGGUACAAUAACUACUGUAAGAAGCUGGAAGUGGAUGUGCUGGCUCUGAGUGUGCCCUUACCUCAGAUCAGCAUGGUGUCUCACACCCCGCUUCCAGCAGCCAAACAGAAAGCGUUACUGCAUACUGAGUCUGGGACAGAACUUCCACCCUUCCCCUUUGUUGAGAACCCUGACAUGUCAGGUCAGGCCACACGACGUGGGCAAAGACCUCCUCACCCUGCACCAACACUGCCAGCAGAAGCUCCCUCUGCUCCUCCAGCAGCCGCUCCCUCUGCUCCUCCGGCAGCCGCUCCCUCUGCUCCUCCGGCAGCCGCUCCCUCUGCUCCUCCGGCAGCCGCUCCCUCUGCUCCUCCGGCAGCCGGUCCCUCUGCUCCUCUGGCAGCCUCUCCCUCUGCUCCUCCGGCAGCUUCAAUAACAUCCUUGAGCAGAACAACUCUGUGGAGGAGGAGGAAGGCAGCAGAGAAAUUAGCUCAAGAGCAAGGGCUGCCCCGUCCCCAGCAAAGUCCACGUAAAGACUACACGUGCGGUCAAUGUGGGCAGCCCAGAAAAAAAGAGUUUGGGCACACCAGGGUGGGCAGCUUUUUCUACUGUGCCACAGCAGAGGGAAAGACUGUGGAAGAGUUGCAGCAAGAGAGAAGAGAUGAUGGAAAUCCUUAAUUGUAGAUAUUUAUUUGUAAAUGUGUGAAUAUUUAUUCACUGUACAUAUUUAUUCACUGUACAU